CUGCUCGGCUGCUGGACUCGGGCCGGCCGCAGCGGAGAGCAGGGCCCUGCCUGAGCCGGGACCCCUGGCUAAGGAGCCGCAUCUCUGCCCCAGGACAGCUGCUUGGUCGUGUGAGCCCUGUGGACACCUGCUCCCUCCAGCAUGAAGGUCCUGCUGCCCGUGCUGCUGGCCGCCCUGCUGGGCGCGGAGCCAGCCCAGCCCCUCAUGUGCUUCACGUGCGCCAAUCAGAAGAGCAACCUCUACUGCUUGAAGCCCACCACCUGCUCCGACUCAGACCAGUACUGCGUGACCGUGUCUGCCGCCGCCGGCAUCGGGAACGUGGACCUGGGCUACACCCUCAACAAGUACUGCUCCCCCAUCUGCCCCGGCCCGAGCAUCAACCUCGGGGUGGCCUCCGUGGGCACCCAGUGCUGCCAGAGCUCCCUGUGCAACAUCAGCGCCGCGCCCGGCGGGCUGCGGGCCAGCACCCCACUGCUGGGCCUCGGGCUCCUGCUCAGCCUGCUCUCUGCCCUGCUGCGUCUGGGCCCCUGACCCCUCGGCCCACCCCCUCCCCAGCUCAGGAAGAAGAACCCAGCCCACCCCUGCCCCAGGGCCCCACAGGGUCUCCCCUUCCCCUGGGCCCACCCCACCACCAGCAGCAUUCCGCCACCUGCCCCGGCCUCCAGGUGGGUCAGCUGCUGGCCCUCUGGCUCAGUGACGGGAGCUUCCCGCAGGACCAAGGAGGGGAUGAGGGGCCCCGGGUCGUGACCCUGUUCCCUGGACACACUGGGGGACACGCGUGCCAGGUGUGGGAGAGGCGUGUCUGGCUGUGCCCCAGUGCAGGGCUCCAGCCCCACCCCACCCCACCCCCCAGCCCGCCCUGGAGCCAUGCUGCAGCUUCCAAGCCUCAAAUAAACCAAUGUUCUCACCCCUCCC